AUGGAAGCUGCGGGUAUUGCUCUCGCCGUCCUACCACUUUUCCUCAAUCAGUUAGACAAUUAUGUUCAAGGAAUCGAGACUUUCAAGCUCUUCGGGGCCAAGCGUUAUCGCCGAGAGCUUGAGUGGUACCGAUCUAACCUCGCCUCGCAACAAACAAUACUAGAAAAUACUUUGAUGAACUUGCUAGAUGGCGUCGAGGAAUACGGAGACGGAGUCGAUGACCUGAUCCAGAACCCGCUCGGUGUUCUCUUGCAACGAGAGGAUUUGCGGGGCAGCCUGCGCACAAAGCUCGGCACAAGUUUUGAUCCAUUUUGCCAGACAGUGAAUGAGUUCUCAAUCGUUCUUAAUCGUUUAUAUCGCAAACUCGGGUGGGAAAUUGGGAUGCCUGCAGUGAGCCUCCAAACAAAUAAGUCACUGCUCAAAAGUGAACUCAAGAAAUUUAAAGAUAUUUUCUCCAAAAGCAUCUAUGACGAAAUGUUUACUCGCCUCGAUACCGCCAAUAAUUUGCUCAAAACUCUAGUUGAACAGUCCGACCGUCGAACCAUCAUUCACAAGAAGCGACACUCGAAGCGGCCACUGAUGCGUCAGAGACAAGCUCGAAAGUCUGCAAGAAGUCUUCAUAACGCAAUUAUUGGCGGUAAAUCCUGGAAUUGUUCCUGUCGUGACCGACAUGCCGUGCACUUUGUGCUCAGGUACCCGGAGCUUGACAACAACGAAGAACCAAGCAACUAUUCUGCAGAGGCUCGCUUUCGAAUGAUAUUUGCCUCCUUUGAACCUAGAUAUAGUCCUCCGAAAUGGAAUUUCGGUCUUGAGGUUGAAACCGAAACCGAAACAGUCCGGGCGAGCCCAACUCCCAGUAACAACUGCCCUCCACACUGCGUCACCGGGCAGAUGUCAGUUCAAAAGAAGGUUCAAUUCUCUAUUCAGGGAGAAGAUUCAAAAAGCCAACAAACUCCAACAUCAAAGGAUACGCCUAUAAUUCUCGAUAUUUGCGUCACGCUGUCGCGUGUCGGAGCUACCUGUCAUCCCGACAAGCCCUUCGGGUGUUUCUCAGACGAUAUUCAUCGACACAAUAUCAAUUAUUUCAAAGCGCCCACAAGUGACCGAUUUCUACUCACCCGGAAGCAACGUCUUCGGCUUGCAGUAAAUCUCGCCUGCAGUGUACUUCAGUUUCAUGGGAGCUGGCUUAAAUCCCACUGGCGCGCCAAAGAUAUCAUGUUCAAAACAAGUGCCGAUAUCGAUAGCCCAUUCGUUCAAUGGAAUAUUGGCAACGAAGGGGAUGUGUGGGGCAAGGGCAAGGGUAAAGGGAGGAUAUCAUCUCCCUUGAUUCAAAGCGACAUCCUCUUUCCUCUGGGGUUGAUACUUGUGGAGCUAUCCUUGUGCCAGACGCUAGAGGUAUUACGCACUGCUGAGGAUGAGGAUCAGAUGGAAGCAUGUGCCGAUCUCAAGACGGCGGCCCGCUUUGUCAAUCUCGUGGAGCAACAAAGUGGUGCCCCCAAAAUUGCAGCAAAAGAGCGCCGUGAGGCAGCUAGCGCCAUUGAGAAAAAGGCCGCGACCUUGGUCGAACAAAUUCUCCAAAGCAAGCACUUUAUUGUCUUCACCGGGGCCGGCAUAUCAACAUCUGCAGGAAUCCCAGACUUUCGUGGCCCUGAUGGCAACUGGACACUACGCGCGCAAGGCAGGCCCCGCACGAAGCAUGCCAACACCUUGCAAGCCAUUCCAACGCCGUCGCACAUGGCUCUGGUAGAGCUUCAGAAUCGCGGGAUCUUAAAAUACCUGGAAACAAUUUCAGAGCUUCACGGCAAUAGCAACAGGGAGUCUUGCUAUGAUUGUGGCAAGGAAUACAUUCGGGACUUCCGUGCUGUCUCUACCUACGAGAAAGGCGACCAUGACCACCGCACAACGCGGAAAUGUGCUCGAUGCGGCGGCACUUUAUAUGACACGAUUAUCAACUUUGGAGACAGCCUGCCCGCCCGAGCUAUGGAGCUAGCGCAGAAAAAUGCUGAAAUGGCUGACCUUUGCCUUGUUCUGGGGUCUUCCCUAACAGUCAUGCCGGCGAACAGUAUCCCGGACAUUGUUGGUCAGACGAAAGGAGCCAAACUUGCAAUCUGCAAUCUUCAAACAACUCCUAUCGAUAAUAUUACUGAUCUCAGAGUCUUCUCCGAAGCAGAUGUCCUGAUGACAAAGGUAAUGGAAAAGCUCAACCUUCCGAUUCCCCCAUUCGUCCUACGGCGACGCCUUGUGAUUAAGGUGGAGACGCAAGAAGAGGAUAGGCACCGGAUAAUAGCUACCGGAGUCGACACUGAUGCAACGCCUGUGUCUUUCCUGCAAUCGGUCCGACUUGAAGGCAGCAGACGUAUUGCUCGAGCAGAACCUUUCAUUAUUCUGGUCCGUGAAUCGCUGCGGCCUGGAUAUCAGUUGAAACUCGACUUGGAGUUUAUGGGCCAUUAUGACGAACCAAAUCUUGAGAUUUUACACGAGUAUAAUGGCGAGGAGGAAGUUCUUUAUAUUCUGGAAUUCAAUGUCGAAAAUGGGAAGUGGACGAUUUCUAAACAAGAGGACUUGGCUGAUACUACGGAGUCUUUGACAAUCGGCGUAUAG